AUGUUUGUUGAUUGGUCGAAUGCUUACAGACAAGCUAAAAAGUUACAUAAACAAGAACAAUUUUCAAAACAAACAAUGAGUGGAAAGCCAGAAGCACAAUCUAGUGAUGUAACACCAGAAGAACAGUCUACUACAAAUAAAAAUGCACAACAGAAAAAUAGUUUGACUCUUGAACAAUUAUUAGCUGAGUUUAUAAAUGGUUUGAAACAAUACGACAAUACAAAUUUAGGUACUAGUAAAGGCACAUCAAACUCACCAUUGACAACUGACGAAAAUGAAAACGUGAUUUUCGAAACAACACGUGUUCGAUUGCGUGAUGGUGUCGAACUUGCAGUUGAUUAUCUUGUGGUAUCAAACAUUGGACGUUUCCCAGUGAUUCUCGAACUAACACCUUAUGGACGCGGACCUGAUCGAUUCAAUUAUCGAUAUGAAGCCUCAUAUUGGCGUAAGUAUGGUUAUGCAUUCGUUAUUGCUGACUGUCGAGGUACAGGUGAUUCGGAUGGUGAAAUGGUAUUUUUUAGUCGUGAAGGUCAAGAUGGCUAUGAUUUGAUCGAAUGGAUCGCGAAUCAACCAUGGUCUAAUGGUCGUAUUGGAAUGCGUGGUUCGUCUUAUACUGGAACUAAUCAGUGGUUUAUUGCACGAGAACAACCACCGCAUCUUUCAUGUAUUACACCGAGUGCUACGAUGGGCCGUCCAAUGCAGGAUGUUCCAUAUUUUGAUGGCGCAUUUGCGGUUGGGUGGGCGAUCAACUGGAUUAGUCGUGAUUUGAAUAUUAAUGUAUCACUGAUAAACCAGCCGCAUCCCGAUCCUAUGAUGUGGCUAAAUCAUCGACCACUUCGAACAUUAGAUCUUUAUGCAACAGGAAAAAAGUUGUUACUCUACCGGACAUUUCUUGAUCAUCCAACAUAUGAUCAUUUCUGGCGCAGUAUCGAUUUCAUUCCGGACGACUUUGCACGUAUCACAAUUCCGUCACUUGCUUUCACCGGUUGGUUCGAUGGUACUAUGUAUGGAACAAUCUGGCGUUUUCAAGAAGCACGUUCUUAUGCACCCCGGAGUGAUGAUCAAUUUCUUAUCAUCGGUCCUUACACACAUGGAAAUGCGCCUGAUGGUGGCUAUGAUUAUCGAACGAGAGAGCCGAUGACAAUGGUUGGAGAUUUUCCUGUUGCCGAAAAUGCACUAUUACCAGGUUUGAACAUGACACAUGAAUUCUUUGAAUGGUGUUUGAAAGAUGGUCGACGACCUGAAUGGAAACCAACUAGAAUCUAUAUAACUGGAAGGCAUGCUAAUAGCAUAAAAGGGGAUGGUCGACUACAAUGGAACGCAGCAAGUAUUGCUGCAACAGAUUCCUAUCUUCAUGAUCCAACCAAACCAGUGAUAAGUAACAUAAAUAAUAAAUCUAUUAUUCUUCCCAUCGAUAUUAAUUCCUAUCUGGAUCGUAAUGAUAUUCUUGUAUACACCACUGAGCCAUUAAAUAAGUCAAUUACAGUGAUUGGUGAUAUUGUUGUUGAAUUGAUAAUCUCGAGCACAGCACGUGAUACCGAUUUUGUGAUUGAACUAAUGGAUGUAAUGACUGAUGGACGCUCGAUUAAACUCGGUUCUAAAGCUGCAGGUCAACUUCGUACACGCUAUCGAAAUGGUUUUGAUCAAGAAAUAUUUAUGUCGUCCAAUCGAACUUAUCUCAUUCGUAUUGAUUUGCACGCUAUUGGACAUACAUUUCUUCCACAACAUUGUAUUCGAUUAGCAGUUAUGAGUAGUUUUUUUCCUUGGAUCAGUGUAAAUCCAAAUACUGGUGCAUCGAUCGCUUCUGACGUACAAUCACCUAUCAUAGCGAAUCAAACUAUUUAUCAUACACCUCAUCAAAAAUCUCAAAUUCGUAUGAUGUUGAUCGAUGAUCCAAGAUUUGAUGAAUGA